AUGGUUAAACCAUCAAUUUUUGCUGCUGCUAUAGACGUUGGUGCCAGUUUACGCAGCAUUUUGCCCCUCUUUGUUAGUUGGAAAUAUUGCGUGAUUGCACGAAUCANGCCAAAUCCUGCAUCGGAUGAUUUUCAUCGAAUUUUUUGCAAAGAUGUAGUACGAUUAGUGGAAACGUCAAAUAUUCAUAAGCAUUCUACAACUUGCUAUAAAUAUUCGAAAGGCAAGUCUGAUACUUCAAAAACUUGCCGAAUGCGUAUGCCACGUGUACUGGUGAAGACUUCCAACAUCGAUCUCACGACAGGUCAGAUAACUAUGCGGCGAUCACAUCCGUGGAUAAAUAACUUCAAUGAAUGGCUCAUAAUUGCGUAUCGAUCCAAUAUGGAUACUAAAUUUAUUUGGAGUGGCAAUGAUGCUAAGGCCUUAGUGUACUAUAUAACUGAUUAUGUAACAAAUUCGACUCUCGAGUUUCACGAUAUUUUUGCCCUUGCGCAACAAGGAAUCACAAAUAGCAUUGAUAAUGCUAUUGAAAAAUCUCGUAAACUUGUAUUACGCUGCUAUAAUAUGAUUGCUUCACAACAAGAAGUUUCAGGUGUUCAAGUGGCAUCCUAUCUAAUGAAUUAUGAUGAUCAUUAUACUACACAUACAUUCAGAAAUCUUUUUCUCAUCUCGAUUGAAAACUAUUUACAAGUAGAACUAACCAAAGCACGACUCCAGGAAAAAGACGUCGACGAAGAGAGACUAGACGACAUGACAACGCCCUUUGAUGAAGAACAAGAAGAAGAUACAAAACAAACUGAAGAACAGUUUCUAUCGGAGCCAACACAAACCAAAAAUGGUGCCAGGUUUGUCAUGGUCAACACUCGCCUAGACUAUCAGCAUCGAUCACAAGAUCUUACUGCCUUGUGUUUAUAUGACUUUGCCAGUCAUUUUCACACGAAACUUAUCGACAAAUCCGAUCGCCACUUGAUAAAGAAUGCGAAUGGGUCUGAAGGUGAACGACUAGAUACAGAAGGAACAAAAAUGAAUGAACGGUAUAUAUUUGAGACUGCACAUUCACAAUCAUCCUCACAUAUCGUCAUUAAACAUACCAAUCCAGUUGUGCCAGUUCUUGUUGGACCUCAAAUACCACGCCAACAACGGGAAGAAACACGCGAGCGUUAUAGUCGUGCAUUGUUAACUCUGUUCGUACCACGGAUAUCAGUUCACGAUCUUUGUGCAUUGAAUCAGAUAUGA